CAGUAGCGUACUACCCAGAGUAAAAAAGAGAAACUCGGCAAAGGCCGGGGAGAAAGGUGUUGGGUGCAGUCCGUAACUGCGUGCGUUCCCAGGUUCCCCGAGUCCACGGUUUGGUUGCCCCGCUGCCUCUCACUCUCUCACUGUGCGUUCACCAGCCGCCAAGGAAAGUACGACUAGCGGACUUCUCUAAAAAAGCGCCGUCUCUUCAGGAGAAGAAGCUUGUCUCCCGUUGCCAGCACUCCGCGGGUUUGUUGUGCACCUUCAGCCGUCUCUGUGCCCUCACCGAGAGAGGGAGAUCCAAUCUUCACUUCGCCGGCGACACAGCAGUCGGCAUCGACUCCGUGGGGAGGUGAUCUCGGCAAUGCAAACUGCCACAUGGAGUAGCAUCGGGGAGCAACCAGCCUCGCCUCUGUCCUCCGGCUACAACUCCUGGAAGACGGCCACCCUUCCCAAGAACUUGGGUUUAGCCACGUCCGGUAGCAGUGCCUUCAGCCCUUCCAACACAGCUCCCAACUUUGCCUUCAAUAACAAGUAUGCCUUGCUCAAUGGCCCGAGUUUGAAGGGACAAGACUGCGGCCAGUUCAAGCCCAACCUCCAGUCCACGGUCGAGUAUUUUUCCAACCCCUUGCACCCGCGAGUCGACAUGGCUCACUAUCACGACUCCUGGUUUAGACCUUCCCACCAAGGCGGUCCUGCCGAGGACGGGGGUCUCUCGACCACCUGGUGGGACCUGCACGCCGGGUCGAGCUGGAUGGACCUGCAGAACACGACGGCCAGCCUCCAGAACUCUACCCACCCAGCUGGACUUCAGCCAACUCUGGGCAACUACGGGUCUGAGAACCAACUAUGCGGGCCACCCACUCACCUGUUGCAGUUCAACCAAGUCAUGGCCAACCAAGAGGGAUAUAAGCAGUCCGAGCCGGUCCAGGAUGCCCUAGUCUUGAAUCAGACGCUGGAUGGAGCCUCCAGACCCAAGACGGCCAGAAGAUCAUUGUCUCGAAGCUCGGGACAGGGGAACUGCCGUUGCCCCAAUUGCAUGGAGUCCGAGAGACUGGGGACAUCAGUGGAAGGCGGCAACAAGAAGAAGACCCUUCACAACUGCCACAUCCCGGGCUGCGGGAAGGCGUACGUCAAGACAUCCCACCUCAAGGCCCACCUCAGGUGGCACAGCGGAGACCGGCCCUUCGUCUGCAACUGGCUGUUCUGCGGCAAGCGCUUCACCCGCUCCGACGAGCUCCAGCGCCACCUCCAGACCCACACGGGCUCCAAGCGCUUCCUCUGCCCCGUCUGCAACCGGGUCUUCAUGAGGACCGACCACCUCACCAAGCACAUGAAGACCCACGGAGAAGCCAGCCAGGUGGCCGCUAAAGAGGCGGCCCGGGACGGCAGCAAGUGUGUCCCCCUGCCUGGACAACCCCAGUCACCAGACGGCAUGCUGAGAGACCGUGAGGGCAAGGGCGUCAGCGACGGCCUCCCAGAUGCCGACAUGCAGCAGAAUUGAGACUUUGCAAGUGUGCGCUCAUUGUAAAGUUAACAUGUUAGUGUAUGAAAUAGUUGCACUUGCUAAACGCUGUAUAUUGUUGUAUAGGCUCUGAAGGAAAGUCAACAUUCCCCACCAAAAAAAAAGGUUACACUUUUUGUUAGUUUAGUUUCGUUUCAGAGAUACAGCGCGGAAACAGGCCCUUCGGCCCACCGAGUCCGCGCCGACCAGUGAUCCCUGUAUACUAGCACUAUCCUACACACACACUAGGGACGAUUUACUUCGCCAACGUUUUUUUCAUUACUAAAAGGGCAUUAGAAAGGUGAUGAAAAUCUAUUAAAAUUUAUUUACAAAACUGAGAAACAUGUUAGAGCUACAGCGUGGAGGGAGGUCAGCCAGUCCACUGUUCCUCUUCCAUCUGGCUGGUCCUUUCCACCCUUCACUCUCCUUGAAGCUCCGCGGUUUUUCCCAGUUUAGUUUGGGUUUGAGUCUAGUUUAUUAACACGUGUACCGAGGUACAGUGAACAGCCAGUGAUGCUGCCUAUCCUGUUGAUUUACUCCAGCAUUUUGUGUCCAUCUUUGAUCUAUACCAAAGUCUGCAGUUCCUUCCUGCUCAUAUUCCCAUUCCCAUUUGGGAAACAUUCUCUUCUGCCCCUUCCUUCCCUAUGGCUUUUUCAAAUUACCUUUAGUGUAAUGCCGAGACCUAGACACAAUAUUCUAGUUGCGAUAUCAAUAUUUUAUUAGGACACAUCACGCCUGCUUGUCACUGUAAAGUAUUUUGCAUGAUAUUUUAAAACUAUUUAUCCAACCUAUACAUGUACCACCGGUUCCCUCUGAUCCCGUACUCCAAUACUAUGCAUUCACAUAGUCAUACAGCACUCAUCAAGGAGAUGAGGAGGAAUUUCUGUUGUCGGAGGGUGUUGAAUCUGUGGAAUUCAUUGCCACCGACCAAGUCAAUGGAUAUUUUUAAGGUGGAGAUGAGCAGAUGCUUGAUUAGUACGGGUGUCAGGGGUAAUGGGGAGAAGGCAGGAGAAUGGGAUAGAGAGGGAAAGAUAGAUACGCCAUGAUUGAAUGGCAGAGUAGACUUGAUGGGCCGAUUGGCCUAAUUCUGCACAUGGAACUUAUGAAGCACAGACGUCCCAUUUAAUAUUAUCUUCCCUCUUCCCAACAAGAUGUGAUACCACGUUAUUUAUCAGGUAACUUACAUUGACCAUGCAUCUGCUGACUCUGCCAACCAGCCAAUAUUCUCUAGAAGUCUGCAACUGUCCCGGCAUUUCAUCAUACUUCAAACUUUGGUGUCAUCUCCAAAUCUGGAAUUGUUUUAAUCCAAAAUACCCAAGUCUAAACCAUGAAGAGAAAAUCAGUGGCUCCUGCACCAGUCCCUGUGGAACCGGACUGCACUCCGCACCCUGACAAAAACAAUCAUCCACCACUCCCAAAAUGCUGGAGUAACUGGAGUCAGGCAGUAUCUCAGGAGAAAAGGAAUAGGGGACAUUUCGGGUUGAGACCCUUCUUCAAGCUGAGAAUCAGGGGAGAGGAAAACUGGAGGUAAGAAAAGGCUUACCUUGUGCUCCCAAUGGACAGACUCAAGGUUCUCAAUAGCAUCCUGAAUGAUUCUUCCCUACUUGGAGGG